AUGAUGGAUGUUGAAGGCUGCGAUAAUUUACCGGAUAGUGCAAGUGUAAUCUUCGGUCAUAAAGUUUGCCAUACCCGCGAUGCCAAGUGGUUAUGCUUAAAUAAUUUCUACGAAAAAGUUCAUCGUCCCAACUUCUACGACAUCGGCGGAACCUACAUCGAGGAUGUACCAGAUUAUUGGUUUAUGUACAAAACAGAGCAGGUCUCUAGUAUCUUUCUCCUUCAUAUAUUUGUUUGCAACCGCCAAGAAAGUCUCUUCAGCAUUGCUAUCAGUAGAAACACUGAUAACAUGAAAGUUGAUAAAAAGAAUGAUGCCAUCUAUCUUACUCAGUCUUUGAAAGAACAUAGAUUCAAGAAAUCCAAAGAAAUGUCUCAAAACUAUCUUACAACAUAUAGUUUUUCUAGCUACGACCUGGAUUUAAUUAAAGACAAAAUUUUUUACAUAUUUAUAUCCUUUGAUUCCCCUGAAAAUAGAGGAAUGUGUCAAGGUUUUGUUGAGCAAGUAAAAUUAAAUCAUGAUCUUAAGGCUUUGUUGUCCGAUCCUGUUGGAUCUGAUUUCACUAUAGAGUCGGCAGACGGAGUAAAGUUUCAAGUACACAAGGUAUUACUGGCAGCACAUAGUGAAGUGUUCAAAGCUAUGCUGAAAGAAGAAACAGCUGAAAGUCAAAAUAGUUAUGUAAAGCUUGUAGAUGUGGGUAAAGAAGAUCUACAGUGUAUUCUAGAGUGUAUUUACACAGGAACAGUGACUGAUUUGGAAAACUGCAAUUGCAUAAAUAUGCUAAUGUUAGCAGAUAGAUACAACCUGAAAAGCUUGAGAGAACUCUCUCAAUAUGCUCUGUCUCAACAGAUCUCUGUUGAAAAUGCAUUAGAGAUAUUAGUUGUUUCUGACAUGUAUAAUUCAGAGAUGCUCAAGGCAGUAGCACUAAAAUUUAUUAAAAAGAACAAAUCAUGCAUCCAAACAAGUACCUUCAAAGAAAUAAACAACCCUGAGUUGUUAAGGCAGCUACUUGAAUAUAUCAUCCCUGCAUAG